AUGGGGUGGCACGAGCUUGGGCAACUUGAAGAAGAAGAAGAGAAGGGUUUGAAGUUCCCGCGCAUAGAAGAAGAAGAAGAAGAAGAAGAAGAAGAAGAAGAAAAAAAAGAAGAAGAAAAAAAAGAGAAUGGUUUGGAGUUCUUGCAGAGUGGAAUCGGGCGGUGGUACGAGGGGUAUAAUGAAUUCCAAAUCUCGAAAUCAAUUUCCUUUCUUCCCCAUCCAAUCGUUUCUCUAAAAUCCGGCCGGUGGUCGAGCCUGAAAACAACGCGGACGGAAUUGAAUCGGCGCUGGCGGCAAGGGCGAUGCGCCGCCUUCCUCUGGUCUCUCGGCCUCAAGCCCUCCGGCGACCAGAUCCACGCCCUCCUCGCCAACAUGGACGCCAAUGACAAAGGUGCUGUCGAGUUCGACGAGCUCGCCGUCGCCAUCCUCCCCGACAUGGAAGACCAACUAUUGGAGGUCUUCCGCUCCUUCGACCGCGACGGCAACGGCUACAUCACGGCUGUGGAGCUCGACGGCCUAUCUCGAAAUAAGCGAGAUGAACUCUGUGAGGCUGACAAGAAGCGGCGUCACUUUAGCCCCGCUGCUGCUGCCGGGAAGAAGCAACUUGCGCCGUUAUCUGAGGAGAAAAAGUAUGCUUGGUUGCUAAUUUUCAGUAGAGGUGUUCUUGGAAUUGUGUUGCAGUCAUUAAGUGGUGAUGAUUUUGACAAAAUUGCAGCUUCAGGCUUCUUGGUAGUGGCUCCUGAUUUCUUCUACGGUGAUCCGUUUGGCCUUGAAAAGUCUAGAGAAUCAUGGCUAGAGGCUCAUAGUCUGGACAAAGGUUGUGAGGAUUCCAAGAUUGUAAUUGAUGACUUAAGAAGCAAAGGAGUGUCCAAAAUUGGAGCAGCAGUGAUGGUUGCAGUGAAAUUGGUCAAAUUUGACUGCAUACAAGCAGUAGUUUUGUUGCAUCCAGAAGUCAAGAUUUCAAUUGCAAUAUUGGGAGCAGAAAUCGACAACCACGCACCACCUGAGCUCUUGAAAAAACUAGGAGAUAUUUUAUCAGCAAAAGCAGAGGGUGGCCGCAUAACUGGACUAAUUCGUGACGUUAACAUUACAAAGAUGAGUGACAAGUUCGAGGAUGGUAGAAAGUAA